AUGAAUCUAAGCUGUGAAUUUGGAAAUUUGGAAAUCUUUCUUUAUGGGAAUGUUUAUUACACGUGCUUGAUUCGUUCAUCUUCAAUAACGAAGCCAAACACCAUCAUUCGAACAAUUAAUGGCAAACAUUUAGAAGGAAAAAGUGACAAAGAUGUUGAAGCGAUUUUGUUUAAAGGUACAACAGUCAACUACUUCCCUCAAGGAUUGAACAAAAUUUUUCCUAAUUUGAAAGCUGUUAGAAUUCAUAAAUGUGGAUUGAAAUCAAUAACGCAAAGAGAUUUGGUUGGACUAGAAAAUAUUGAGAGACUACGGUGUGGUCACAACAAAAUCACUUCACUUCCAGACAAUCUGUUUAGAUAUAUGAACAAACUUAUUGACAUUUCAUUCCACGACAAUGGUUUGCAUUUCAUGUCUUCAGAAGUUCUCAAACCAAUAUUGAAAAAUGAUUUAAAAUGCGUAAACUUUAGUGAAAAUCGUGCCAUUGAUGCUGCUUAUUGUUAUUAUAUAUUUAAUGGAACUAAAGUUGAUUCUAUAGUCAAGUUAAUGGCCAUGAUUGAUGACAAAUGUGGUAAACCAGUGAAGAAUGAUGAACAGACGAGAGCAAACAAAAAAUUGAAGGAAUUGAAAACUGAAGGAUUCAAGGAACUUUGGACGACAGGCCGUUUCUCGGACAUCACGAUUGUUACUGACACGGAGAAAUUCAAAGUACAUAAAAAUGUUUUAACUAUGCAAAGUUCAGUUUUCACUUCAAUUUUCGAAGAUAAGAUGAAGGAUCGACCAUCUGAUGAAAUUCAAAUGAAAAAUAUAAACUCAGAAGUCGUCAAGACUUUUUUGAAAUUCUUCUACACAGAUGAGAUCGAAAAAGAAGAAAAUUUAAAUUUGUUGGAACUUUUCUCUCUCGCAGCAAAACUCAAAGUGGAGACUUUAGUGUCAAUCAUUGAAGACAUGAUCAUAGAUGAUCUAAACGAUGACAACGCGAUUGAAAUAUUUGAACUUGCGUGUCGAUUCAAUUAUGAUGGAAUGAAAACUUCAGCAUUUGAAUUCAUUCAAUCGAUGUUCGAUGAACCAUUGAAAGACGAAUUGAUGAACCAACCAGAAGUUUUAAAAGAACUUGUUGAAGCUAAGAGAAAAAUCAAUUCAAUACUGAAUAAACUCAAAAGUGCUAAAAUUAUCACAAUAAGAUAA